GCAGCAGUCCUGGACAUCGAUAACUCUAUAGGAAGUACACCUUUGUUAUUAACACGUCUAAUAAAAGUCAUUGUGAAGUAAAACGUAUCAACUAUGGUAUGGUAUGUUAUAAAGAAUGUGAGUUCUUAUAUUGGAAUGGCACCCAUUUAGAGUUGGAUUGAGAUGUCAGGAUGUCCCAUGGUCUCUCAAGGCUGAUGCCGUGAUAGUGCCAGAUAACUAUGCAAGUUGAGUGACAAGUGUCAUUGUUUCCACAUUUCAUUUAUUAAAAUUUUGAAACAAAUUUUCAAGUUGAAAUGCACAAAAUUGUCAGAACACAGUGAUUGACGAAUGCAGUCAGAAUAUGUGUUUUUCACUGGGGCAAGAUAAUGAGGUUCCUCAGAAAUGUAGGCAGUUCCUGCUACCAGCAGACUGCGGGGACAGGUUGGACCAUGGGACUGCGGGAAAUUGUUACAUGGUAUCAGAAAAAAAUUGGUACCUAUGAUAAACAACAGUGGGAAAAAACAAUUGAGCAGCGGAUCCUUCAUGGUCUCACCCAUGUUCCCAAGAAAACGGCCAAGCUGAAGACUGAGCUCAUUGAUGUCGAUCUGGUUCGAGGGUCAUCAUUUCCCAAGGCCAAACCGAAGCAUGGGCUGUUGACAGUUACUCGAUUAGCAGCGCUGAGACUCCUCUUGCUGCCUGUUUACAGUCGUUGGUGGAUCCAGCAGACAUCUCCCACAAUAUACGCCCUUCUGCUUCUCAUGUAUGUGUUACAGCUCAUCAGUACAGCACUUUACUGUCGUUACUGCGCCUUUUAUACCGAAGAAGACUCAGCUGAGCAACAUGUGUCUGCUUCGGAGGUGUUGGUACCAGGAGCUAUGAUGCUGGUUCUCAGCUUGAUACACUCACAGAUUGUUUCAACGCAUACUGGACCAGCAAGGCACCUGACUGGAGCAAAGUCUCGACGAGUGAAACGCACUAAAAGGCGCCUUCUUUUUUCAUCUCGUUCACGUACAGUUUGCUCUGACUCGAAAUCUUCUCCUGAUACUGGCUCAGAGAAGGCUACGUCUGUGGGAGAGCUUGGUGGAAGCAAAUAUAGUAAGAGGGCGCAGUUACGGAGAUCCUCUGCAGAGAUUGUUCGUAGGCGAGUUGUCGCUUGGGAUACUUCUGGAAAAGGAAAGUUUGAGAGUCAUCUUGGCCAAGAAGGCGAGAAGGACAGACGUGUCAACUCUGAGGAACAGAGGCAGGCAGCCGGAGGUGUUCCAGCAAAUGCAAGGCAACGAGUCAGAUUGCAGGUGGUGCCACUGGAUAGGAAUGCACACGGGCAACGCGAGGCCACGCCUCUUGAUGACGAUGGCUUUGAGAGUCUGAAUGGCAAUGGCUCGAGUGAAAAUGGCGAGGAAGCGACAGAGGACGCUGAGGAAGCGGGAGGAACACAGUGUAAAAUCGCCGAGGAUCUCGGUGCACAGAGCAGAUCUUCCUUGAACUGGAAGUCAUCGGUCCAGGACAGCGGAAACUUUUCUGUCGUGGGCGAGAAGCAGAACGAAAGAAGUCGCUCAUCUUUAAACUACAGUAGUCAGUGGUUUGAAGGGUCCCUGCAGAGUGUGAAAUUCUCAUCAUCAUAUGUUACAAUGCCAACAUUACAGAUCACUCAACACAUUGAUAUUUUAAGGUUUCCUGAUGGACAGGAAUUAACUGCAGAAAGUGUUUCUCAUGUUGGCUGUCUCAAAAAUGAUACUUUUAGUGAUGAAGCAUCCACAAUUUUAGAUCCUAUAGAAUGUAGUGAAACUAAGUGUAAAGUGCCAACUGGUGAUAACAUUCAGAAGUUGGUAGUUGAUUCAUCUGCAGAACAUGGUCACAAGAGCAGCCAGAGGAAUACGUUAACAAAUGAAAGCAAACAUACAAGGUUAAGUGACUCAUCAGAGGAUGAACAGCACACCCCAUUCAGAAAAUUCAGGAUGCAAGACGUGUCCUGCAGGAGUCCUAGUGCUGAUUCUGACACAGACAUCACGGAUGCAGAAAUUGGGGAUAGAUCGCCUCAGAGGGAAAGACUUCUUGUGCGCCGAAGUGGAUCACAGGUGUUACCGCUGUCAUGUGGACAGCAGAAGAGGGGGAGACUAGCAGAGAGUAGUUACAACAGCAGUUGUGAGAGUGAAGAGGGCGAAGUGCUUUCGUCACCUGGCACGGGAGGCGGCUGUUGUCCCCUUCUCGCGGAAGGCGCCGCGUCGGCCGGCGAGUGGAUCGGAGUCACGACCAACAGCGAGGAAUGCAGCUAUAGUUCAGAGUUGGAAGAGUCAGACAGUCAACAGGAGUGUAAUGUUCGGGACAGCAUCGAGCUCAACGAUCAUCCUUUUGCCUCGGAAUUUGAACUGUCACCUACUGUAAUCUUGAGCCCAAGCUGUGCAGCAUCUGACAGAGUGAGCUGUACUGUGUGGGAGAGUCGUGACGUAAAGAAGGCUGACCUUUCUGUACUAGACAUUAGUUCUGCCAUCAUAGCACGUGUUGAGUCUAUGCCAGAAAACAUGGACUACUUCUAUGUAGGGGUGGUGAUGGCCAUCAUUCUUUCGUUGCUUCCAUCUUUGUGUCGACUGAGUGAUGUGACGCAGGAAGUUACCCCAGGUACAGAUUCUGCAUCUCCGGCUGCUAUUUCUGUAACAGUGGUGGAAAUUACUGGCACACUGCUAUCAAACCUGUCUGGUUCACUUGUGCUACUGCUGAAUGUUGCGCUGGGAAACACUUUAUGGGAGCGCAUGUUGGUACUGAUAGCCCUGUUUGAGCGCUUCAUGCUGUCUACACUGUUCUUCUUCCUGCUUGCCGUGGCAGAACGGACGUUCAAACAACGGUUUUUAUAUGCCAAACUAUUCUCCCACCUUACCUCAUUUCGCCGUGCACGAAAAUCUGAGCUACCACACUUCCGCCUAAAUAAAGUGCGCAACAUCAAGACCUGGUUGUCAGUACGCUCCUAUCUCAAGAAGCGUGGGCCACAACGGUCGGUGGACGUGAUAGUGUCAGCGGCCUUCCUGAUCACGCUGUUGCUGCUCUCAUUUCUCAGUGUGGAAUGCCUCAAGGUCAGUGUCGACAUUAUUAUACCACAUGUAGGCGUGGAACUGACAGGAUUGCGAAGCUCCGCCUUCGACUCUGUUCGUCUCCACUCGGAAUAUAACUUGGAGGCACUGGUGUGGUGUUUGGUGUUGGGCGUGUUUUUACUGCGGUUCAUGACACUGGGCACCAAGAUCAACCGCAAGUACCGUAACCUUUCAGUUCUAAUAACAGAACAGAUCAACUUGUAUCUGCAAAUUGAACAGAAACCUAACAAGAAGGAAGAAUUAAUGGUUGCAAACAGUGUUCUAAAAUUGGCUGCGGAUCUGCUUAAGGAACUGGAAAGCCCAUUCAAGAUAUCAGGCCUGUCAGCUAAUCCAUACUUGUACACUAUCACCAAGGUAGUGAUUCUAUCUGCUCUGUCAGGGGUUCUGUCAGAAAUGCUGGGUUUCAAACUUAAGUUACACAAGAUCAAGAUAAAAUGAACACGAAGGUCAGAGAAGUUGCGAUUUUCUGUUGUUCAAUUUUUAUGUUUUAUCUGUGAACAAUGUCAGAUCAAGCAGUGUCAUUUGGUUGGUAAUCCUUGACUGCUGCUGUAUAUUUUUACAUAGAAUAUUUGAGAAGUCACUGUGUACAUUUUGUAUGAUAUGAAAAACACAUGGUAUUAUUAGUGAUUUCAUUGAAAUUAUUGAUUGUCACUAUGUGACAACAUUAUAUUUGUAGUGUGUUUCAACAUGUUAGAAGAAACUUCUUGUAAGAGCUAGUCACAGUUCUGGGGGUCCAUAGAUCUUCCAUGUCCAUAGGACAUGUUAAUGAAAUUAAAUAUCUUUUAGAAACUAGAUAAGAAAUGUUUUGCUGUUCUAUGUGAUACAGUUGUAAUGAAGACUUUUAUGAAUCUCAUAAUUAAAUUGUAGAAGUAUUUGUUGUUUGUGAAAAGAGGCAAGAAAUUAUGAAUGUCUGAAUUACAGAUUUCUCUAAAUGCAAAUGUUCAUAGAAAUCAAUAAAUUUUGUUCCCUAUUUUCCUCCAUAAUGUUGUAUCCUGGUAAUGUGCUUUGAUCCUCGUGUUUUGCUUGUACAUAAUGCAAAGUUUUGUCAGAUGCUUUUACCUGUACAGUGUGAUUUUUAGCGAUAAAUGUUGCAUAUUAUUGCAGAUGAAUUAUGAAA